UCUUCUUUAUUAAUACUUACUCUUCUUCUUCAUUACUCAAAAGGCUUUUAUUACAUUGUAUAUAGACAGACAUUGAAACUGAAACAACAUAGUAAUAACAGAGAGAAAAAAAGCAAUUGUGUGGGAAAAAAGUGUUUCAUCAAUUUGAUUUACAAUGGCUUCGAAGCUAGUAAUGAUCACUGUCUUUGUUUUGGAUCUAAUUGCUUUUGCUUUGGCUGUUGCUGCUGAACAGAGACGAAGCACGGCCACGAUUCAAACAGAUAGUGAGCAAGUGUAUACCUAUUGUGUCUAUGACUCCGACAUUUCAACUGGAUUUGGCGUUGGUGCAUUCUUAUUUCUCAUGGUUGGUCAAAUCCUUAUAAUGGUGGCAAGUCGUUGCUUCUGUUGUGGAAAGCCUUUGAGUCCUGGUGGUUCAAGGGGUUGUGCUCUUCUUUUAUUCAUCGCGUGUUGGGUUACUUUCUUCAUAGCUGAGGUGUGCUUGUUGGCUGGUUCAGUUAGGAACGCGUACCACACCAAGUAUAGAUCAUCGCUCUUGUUUAAUGAUAAGCCUGUAUCUUGUGAGACCGUGAGAAAGGGAGUUUUUGCAGCUGGAGCGGCGUUCAUUUUCUUCACCAGCAUAAUCAACAAGUUUUACUAUGUGUCUUACUCUAAUGCUAAGGGUGGCGCUGGACCAUAUGGUGGAGAAGCUGUUGUGGGUAUGGCAGGCUACAAAUGAGUGUGAACAAUUUUGGCCAUGGAUCAUGAAUUUCGUUAUGUAUACAAUUUUUUCCAUUUCUUAGUUGUACUUGACUUCAUAUUUUGGUACUCUGGUUGUUUUUAGUGUUCAAAAGGUCUUUUGAUUCUUUUAUGUUGCUGCAAAAAAAGUUUUCCAUACUUUGAAAGACGACUGUUUUUAAGCUACAUGUUUACUAUA